AUGUUAACGAUAAAUAAACUAUUAUAUAAAAAAAUUAAAAAUUUAAAAAAAAUUAAUAAUAAUAAUUUAUUGAAUAAAUGUCCUCAAAAAAAAGGAAUAGUAUUAAAAAUAUUAAUUAAAACCCCUAGAAAACCAAAUUCAGCUUUAAGAAAAGUAGCAAAAGUAAAAUUAUCUAAUAAUAAAGAAUUAUUAGCAUAUAUACCUGGGGAAGGUAAAUCUAUUCAAGAGCAUAAUUUUGUAUUAAUUAAAGGAGGUAAAGUAAAAGAUUUACCUGGUAUUAAAUAUAAAAUAAUAAGAGGAUCUUUAGAUUCAAUAGGUGUUUUAAAUAGAAAAACAUCUAGAUCUAAAUAUGGUACUAAAAAGAUUUGA